GUUUUACAAAAGAGGAAACAGUAACAGGUGUGUUUUCCAAGGAUUGCAUCCUCCCUUGUCUUUUCCCACCUGGGGAUGAUGAAGUGAUUUACUGGAAGAAAGGGGAUAAAAUUGUGCACAGCUACUACUAUCAGAAGGAUCAGCUGGAAAGACAAGACCUGGAUUACAGGCACAGAACACACCUUUUUCACGAUAAGAUUCCUAGUGGAAAUGCCUCCUUGAAACUUAGUAACCUGGCCUUGACUGAUGAAGGAUUUUAUAGUUGUUAUGUUGGAACACAGCAAACUACAACAGAUGUGGAAGUCACGCUGCACAUAAGAGUUUCCUCAUAUUAUGCACUGGAAUACCGAAAGACAGCCACAGAAAGGAAGCUGAAGUGCUAUGCCUUUCACACUUAUCCAGCACCACGUAUAUCUUGGGUACAAGGGAAUACAUCCAUCCAAGAAACAGGUCAGGAGGAAACCAGGGAUGGAGUUCUCUAUUCUCUUAGAAGUGACCAGAACAUUAUAAACGCAGCUGAUGUUUACUACUGUCAGAUUCACCUCCCUUAUGAAGAGUGGGCUGCUGAAUGGAAGAUGCAAGAAGGAAGUAGCACUGCAAUUCCUUGUGAAUACAGCAAUAACAGCACAAACACUGAAGAUUUCAGUGUUGUUUGGACAUUAAACAGAAAUACAGUGAUUUCAGUCCUGGCCGCCUUCAACGGUACACCUCACACUUACCAGCCUCGAGUCAAAAUUAACCAAAGUGACUUUUCACUGAUCUUGCGUGAUCUUACUGCGAGUGACAGUGGAGAAUACCUGUGUAACGUUUCAACACCGCUCUACACAAAACUCACUGAAAUGUUUGAGACGAAAGUUGCAAAGAUUUUGCAAGAAGUUUCUGUGGUUCAGGCUGGAUACGCAGAAAAAGAGGAAGCGUACGGGCACCUUGACGGACGAGAAGAAAAAUCCCUCUCUGCACACGCAGGUGCCACUGAGAUUGCUGCUGAAAAGAACAGAGUUCCUUCACCUUCCCUACAGAGUUAA